UUUCUCAAAUUUUCUUUAACUCAAAACCCCGCGAAAUGAUCCGGGCAAAACCGCUACAACGACGAUUUUCCAUUUCUCAAACUUUUUAUCGGCGGCGAAGCCCGCUUUCUCAGAAUCUCCCUCUUUAAUCUUUCUCUACUUUUCCAUUGCACAUGGAAAGGGAGUUCUAGCCAUGGAAGAGGUGAUUCAACCUAGGUUUGUCAAUUCAGAACCCUAAACUUUGGGCUUCUUCCUUUUUGUAGUGACGCUCAUGGGGAAAAGAAAUAGCGUCGUCAUUUUAUCAUCGGAUGAUGAGGAUGAUGAGAGUUCACUGAGUUCGAAUCGGAGCUAUCCGAAGCCGAAAUUGUUGAUUACUCGUACGACCUCUAGAGAACCGAAGAAGCCUCGAUUUUCUGGUUCUCGGUCUCGCUUAAGCAAAGAAUCUAGCAAUGCAGAUGAGAUCACAUUUCCUUGUGAAGAUUUUGAUGAAUUUUUUUAUGGGUCCAAGGUAUCUGCUGUUUCUGGAAGGAAUAGCAUAAAGGAAUUAUGGGUUGAUAAAUACAUGCCUCGUUCUUUGGACGAACUGACUGUUCACAAGAAGAAGGUUGAAGAAGUCAAAGCGUGGUUUGAGGAAAGAUUGAGAGAUUCAAAGGAAAAUCUUAAAAAUAAUGUUAUUGUCAUCAGUGGGCAAGCUGGUGUCGGAAAAUCUACAACCAUCCAUGUGAUUGCAUCUCAUUUUGGAGCCACUUUAUGUGAAUGGAAUGCACCUACUCCCACGAUUUGGCAAGAACACAUGCAUAAUGCCAGUACAGGGGUACACUACUCAUCCAAGUUGGAUGAAUUUGUGAACUUCAUUGAGAAAAUACGGAAGUAUGGAUUAAUUCCUUCAUCAUUUUCUGCCGAAUCAAAAUCACCAAUUGUACUCUUGAUUGAUGAUCUUCCUGUGACACAUGGAAGAGUUGCUUUUGAAAGACUUCAGAACUGCCUUCUACUUCUUGCGAGAUCAACUCAGAUACCAACAGCUGUACUGAUAACUGACUAUGGUAAAGCAGAUUCAGCAGACCAUACUGCACGUUACAUGGAAGAACUUCAGUUGUCCCUUGAGAGUGCUGGAGCUUGUAAGGUUGCUUUUAACCCGAUUACAAAUAACUCCAUUAAGAAGGCACUUUCAAGAAUAUGCAAACAGGAGCAGUGUAAUGUAACUUCUGAACUGAUUGAUCUCAUAGCAAAAGCCAGUGGAGGUGAUAUCAGACAUGCAAUCACAUCUUUACAGCUUUUCUGUGUGAAACCAGAUCUGGGGCUUAGUUUACCAGUGUGCAAUUCUACUCGGAGUUACUCAGAUGGAAACUCACAUGAGAUUAAUGCUUUGAUCAGUGGUUUUUCACUGCUAUUUGGUAGAGAUGAGACACUCUCUCUAUUUCAUGCCUUGGGCAAGUUUCUGCACAAUAAAAGAGAAAAUGAAGCUACAAUGGUAUCAGACCCAGAUGCAUUUUUUGUGCGGGACAAGUUUGCUCGGUUACCAAUGAGAAUGGAUGCUCCAGAGAAGGUUCUUUGUCAGGCACAUGGGCAGGCAAGGCCAAUUGCUGAUUUUCUGCAUGAAAAUGUAUUCUCUUUUUUUGCAGUUUUAGAUUUUAUAAGUGAUGAAGCAAUGGAAGCUGUGUGGGAUGUGGCGUCAUAUUUGAGCGAUUCAGACUUGCUUCUUUCUUCUUUCCAUGGGGUCCUGACUAGAUAUAAUGAGGCAGAGAGUGUUCUGCAAUCAGCUGCUGCUUCAGUUGCUGUUCGCGGUGUGUUGUUCGGAAAUUCUCAUCCUUCACCUUCCAGGUGGCAUACUAUUCGUAGGCCAAAACUUUGGCAAGUUGAGCAAUUGCUAUUGCGGAAUCAGAAAGAGACUGUGAGCCAAAGAUUUAUUGCUAAUGGUGGAUCCAGCUUCUCUAAUUUGUCAGAUGUAGCUGCCGAGUACUUGCCUGUGUUAAAAUGGCUUGGGCAUGGAGGCUCCUCAGGUUUUGAAGCUGAUCAUGUGCAUGCUUACAAGGAUGCAUGGGAUGACAGUAUUGAGAAGAUGAGUUUGGACGAUGAAGGCGGCCAAAUUUCUGAUGAUGAAAUAGAAGAUUGGUAAGAAAUAUUGAUUGCAUCAGAAGUAAGCUAUUUGUUCCAACAUUUGUAAAGUAAUCCAAUUGCUGUUUUUGUACUCAAGCCUUCAGAAAAUGUAUAUUUUUUUGUUCCAGGAUUACAUCUUGUGAUUUUGAAAAUUUAUGUUCAAUUUCUAGUUGACGGUAUAUACUAAAGUGGAAUCAGUUAUACCGGGAAA